UGUUGUUGUUGUUGUUGUUGUAGUUAAUCCCGUGCUAGGGUGGGAUUUGUGUGGUUUUAUGUAUUUUUAACAGUGCAACAGCUGACUACACGGAAGGUUCAGGCCGUAGCCCACCCUCUGGUCUGACUGCUGGGGUAGAAGUGACAGUGCUAAGUCGAGUAUGGGGCAAUAACAAUGGGUUUAACAGUAUGAAAAAGUUGAGUUAUGUCAAAUUAUUUGUCUCGGCAAAGCGUGUCGAAUAACUCUAUUUAAGGGGAGUCGUGUCCGUUAUUUGAUUUAAUAUCAAAUGCAUUCGAUUUCAAUGACCGUUUCACUAUGGCCUUUCUGCGCUUUUUUUUUUUCGUUUUAUGUGUUGAUUUAUUGUCUCCAAAACGUCGUCUGCAUUGCGCUCAUGUCAGGGAUUACAAUACCCAGUCUUUACCCGUUGGUGUAAACUCACUGCGUCGUUUUCUUUUCCGGAAAUGCCCCUGGAUUAUUUUACUGUCGGCCAAUGCUUUAGUCGAGUUGUCGGAGUAAAUUUCCCCUAAAUAUCCCAUUUCUUCUACUAUUUCAAAAAGUUACACGUAGCCGCUGCAUGGGGUCUCAUAGGUUGUGUGUAUGGAAAAGAGACAGAGGCAUUGACCCGGAGCUCACUGUUUUGUUUUGUUCCAGUCAUUUGUUUUAACAGAUGUUCUCAAACAGCGACGAAGCGGUCAUCAAUAAGAAGUUGCCCAAGGAACUGUUGCUACGAAUCUUCUCCUUUCUCGAUGUGGUGACACUCUGUCGCUGUGCCCAGGUCUCAAGGUCCUGGAACGUUCUUGCCUUGGAUGGCAGCAAUUGGCAAAGGAUUGACCUCUUUGACUUCCAGAGGGACAUUGAGGGCCGGGUGGUGGAGAACAUCUCGAAGCGAUGUGGAGGUUUCCUGCGGAAGCUGAGCCUGCGAGGGUGCCUGGGUGUGGGAGACAGCGCUUUAAGGACUUUCUCCCAGAACUGCAGAAACAUUGAGCUCCUGAGUCUGAAUGGAUGCACUAAGAUCACAGACAGCACGUGUAACAGCCUCAGUAAGUUCUGCCCAAAGCUGAAGCACCUGGACCUCGCUUCCUGCACCUCGAUCACCAACCUGUCCCUCAAGGCCCUCAGUGAGGGAUGUCCUCUGCUGGAGCAGCUCAACAUCUCCUGGUGUGACCAGGUGACCAAGGAUGGUGUCCAGGCCCUGGUUCGAUGCUGCCCAGGGCUCAAAGGACUUUUCCUUAAAGGAUGUAUACAGUUAGAAGAUGAGGCUCUGAAGCACAUUGGGGGCCACUGUCCAGAACUGGUCACUCUCAACCUACAGACCUGCUCGCAGAUCACAGACGAGGGCCUCAUCACAAUCUGCCGUGGCUGCCACCGCCUCCAGUCCCUGUGCGUGUCCGGCUGCGCCAACAUCACCGACGCCAUCCUCCAUGCGCUGGGUCAGAACUGCCCGCGGCUCAGAAUAUUGGAGGUGGCCCGCUGCUCUCAGCUCACUGAUGUGGGCUUCACUACUUUAGCAAGGAAUUGUCAUGAACUUGAAAAGAUGGAUUUGGAAGAAUGCGUACAGAUUACAGAUGGAACGCUGAUCCAGUUAUCCAUCCACUGCCCUCGUUUGCAAGUCCUGAGUCUUUCUCACUGUGAGCUGAUCACUGACGACGGCAUCAGACACCUGGGUAGCGGCCCCUGUGCCCACGACCGGCUGGAGGUGAUCGAGUUGGACAACUGCCCCCUGAUCACGGACGCCUCACUGGAGCACCUGAAGAGCUGCCACAGCCUGGACCGCAUCGAGCUCUACGACUGCCAGCAGAUCACCAGGGCCGGCAUCAAGAGGCUGCGGACCCAUUUGCCUAACAUCAAAGUGCACGCAUAUUUCGCCCCCGUGACUCCGCCCCCUUCCGUCGGAGGCAGUCGCCAGAGGUUCUGCCGCUGCUGCAUUCUCCUAUGAUUUUCAAAGAUGGCGUCUCCCGCACCGCAGUCAUCGUAGGAUCUGACGACAUGCUGAGGCCCGAACAGUUCAACGUCCCUUCAUAAUAGUGCAAGCUGGUUUCUCCCACCAAACCACCCCCCAAAUCAACCCUGCAUUAGAGCAAGAGCGGAAGAACCCCAAAACACAAAGCACCCGAAAGGUCUGAGAUCGUCUUCCCGACAACAUUCCUUUAUUACCUUCUUUCUUUCCCUUCCACCAUCGCUUCCUUUACAAUUUGACACGCCGACACAAUUCAUGUACCAGUGACAAACACAGGCUAGCACCAAAACACACACACACUUGACUUGAGAGGGCUGUCCUGGUUAAUUUCCUUUCUUUCUUGAGCACUUUGGUCAACAUAUACAUGCAGACUAGUAUUUAUCUGAGAGUUGUUUUGCACCCGAUUUGAGAUCAUUAUCGUCGGGCAUUAGAAGCUCUGAUCCGUGAUUGGCUCAUGCGAAGCUCUGAAAGCCAUUUCAUUAGCACAUUAUAGAAUGUGGGGGGGAACGACUGUUACAGCAGUGGCCACAGGGGUGCAAAGAAAAUUGACUUAAUAUUACGGGGAAAAUGAGUGGCAGGCGUUAAUAUAAAGUCACCAUAUACAUUAAAACCCCCUAGUCCUCCAGAAAAAACAACCUACUCCCCAUUUCUAGUUGCCCAUAGUUGCCUUUGUUUAUCCAGACUGUGUACAAUUAGCUGUCAGCACUUGUAGUACAAGUACUGACAGCUAGUACAAGUACAAGUACUGACAGACUCUAGUACAAGUACUAGAGUCUUGGUUGUUCAGAAUGGUCCUGCUGUUGUCCCUGCCAGGUCCCACUUAAACGCACACUCGCAUGCACACACUAUACACCCCUUUUGUUAUGUUUCAUCCCGUUAUAAUUUUAAAGAUUGUUUUAGCAUUUAAGUUAUUUUGUAAGCAUAUACAUCAUCCAUGAAAACACCCACCUACUACUUUACUUUCAGUCCUCUCCGUCUCCUGCUCUUUACAUGUUACAAUCAAAAGCCUAAAAACUGUAUUUUCAUAAAAUGUGACACCAUUGAAGACUAAAUGUGGGGACUCAAGAAGAUGGCAGAUGUUGCAUGUAGUGAAUCAAGUAAAAAAAAUCAUAACAAAUCUCUGUACAUAUAAGGACCGUGACUUCCGAGAGCGAGAGACAGGUAACCCACACCAAGAAUAACAUGAAGAAAACAACAUACUAACAAAGGCUAAUUCUGGUGCAUCUCUGACAGAAGUUCUUCUGGAGGUUCAUUUUUAAACAUUGAACCGAGUACCGCAACUGGAGCUGAAAGUCUUGCAGCGAAACCUGUGCAUCACAAACAAUGGCCGCAACGUAAAAAAAACAUGGACGUAUUAUGAUGCAAAUACAUCAAGAAAAUGUAAUGGACCGGUCUUUCAGUCAGGAAAAAUGUAAAGAAAAAUCUAAAAGUAUUUAUAUUUUCAGUUAGUUUUUAUUCCGUUUUCAUUUAGUUGCAUCUGUUUAAAAAAAAAAUAAACGACUGAUUACGAAGACACACACACACACGCACGUACGCACACACACACACACACACACACACACACACACACACACACACACACACACACACACACACACACACACACACACACACACACACACACACACACACAGUGUCUGCCCCUGACAAGGACUCCAGUUGAACUUGACAAACCCUAGGUCAGCUCCCAUGAGGCCUUGCAGCAUACUGAGUGGUCUGGCGGUCUGUGUCCCCAUCUCCCCCCACUGCCAACUCUCGGUCUGGCUGUCUGAGACCAGAGACAUGGGGGGGAGGCUGACUGGGGAGGGGUGGUCAGCUGGAUCAGACAGGAGGAGGAAGAACAUACCUCUGGCCUAAAGCUAGUGCACAAUUCUGGUCGGGUGAAGGUGGAGGAUAAUGAACUUAAUGCGGCAUUUGCUUUUUUCUGUUAUGAAGUAUUAAACCCACCCCCCCCCCACCCCCCCCAUGGACAGCAUUGACGCACUUGCACAUGCUUCACUCUGUGAUGCUCUAUCUCUUUCGUACGAUUCGCCUACGUUGUCUUUAUGACUUAUUUUAAAGUUUUCAAAAUGUGUGUGUGUGUGUGUGUGUGUGUGUGUGUGUGUGUGUGUGUGUGUGUGUGUGUGUGUGUGUGUGUGUGUGUGUGUGUGUGUGUGUGUGUGUGUGUGUGUGUGUGUGUGUGUGUGUGUGUGUGUGUGUGCCCAGUUUUGUAUUUGAAGUCAUGAAUAUAUUGUCUCCCACCCACCCCCCUGUUGAGUUUUUCCGCCCUUGUGUUCCAUGAUUUUUUGUCUCACACGUGUUAAUGUUUGUGUGUACAGAGCGUGUCCAGAGUUUGUUUUAUAUUAUGCCCAUAUAGCAGCCUUUGAGCCUGUGCAUAAUGGUGAAUGGGAACUCCAGGAUUUGAGGUUGUGGUUUUGGAGGAGGGUUUGUUUGUAUAAUGUCCGCUGUACCCCUUUUUGUCUCCCCCUCUUCUACUUCCCUAUUGUGUGCGUUUCGAUCGACCCUUUUAUUUUAAAUUUCUUCCCGAUGUAUUUCAUUUAUGAAUAUUUCUUAAAAGAUAAGUGUGACCUCACCGUAUGGAAUGUCGAUUACCCCACUAGCAUCCUUAUUACUCUCCCUCCCUCUUCCCAACACCCUUCACUUGGAUGCAAGUCACUAGCCAGCAAGCAAAAAACAUUUGAAAUAUUAUUCAAUCAUGUUUUGUGAUUUGACCUUUCUGGGCAUGGUGGAUAAAGCCGUACAGGGAUAUGAAUUGGGUGUAUUCUAACCAGCUGUGUUUUGUUUUAGGAAGAAUUCAUGCAGGGGUUAGAGGCGGCCACUCAAAGCCCAUACAGCAUGUAAGAUGUGUAAACAUACUCAACCUUGGGUUAAAGGACUUUGAGCCUUGAUGUAAUCACCUGCUGCCCCUCUACAAGAACUAAUGUGGCACACUCCAAGCCUACAGUCAGAAUAUACAAACAAGUAAUUAUUAUCAAACCUAACCCACUCAAACACUGGCUGAGUCGAGGUCAAGUCAAACUAAAGAAGAGGGGUGAGGAGGAGAUGCCCAACAGCGGAGUCAAACGAGACACUAAAGAUACUUUAUUCUAAAAGAAUGUAUAUGGUUCGCAAAAAGUGAGAAUAAUAAUCAUUAUUAUUCCAUGGCAUUAAAUGCACUAAUGAGCAGGACUACAGCACUUUGUGUCUGUGAAGGCAUAUCAUCUAAAAUAAACGCUUUGGCCUGGCUCCCUUUUCAGUUGAUUUAUCAGCUAGACUAUAACAUGCUAUUUGCUCUGGGUUAGCUUCUUUUUUAAUGCACAUCUUCCCAGCACUGGGGUGGAGCUAAAGAAUAGGCAAUAUAGAAGGGCAAGAGGUGGCUCCACAGCGUGUUCUUGGUAGAUGGGACACUUGAGCAAUUACAAAUUCGAUUUUGACAAUGACUGUAGUUCAAUAUGAUUACUGUAAAUUAUCUUUUUUUUUCUUUUAUCUUUUUUUUUUAUAAUUAACUGUUAUAAAUGAAUAUGUAUGUAUGAAUAAAUAUAUGCCUAUAUUAUUA